AUGCGGGACACAACCAAUGACGACGUUGCCAAUGAGGACAUAGGCAAUGAGGACAGUGCCGAGGACGCUGCCAAUGAGGACACAGGCAAUGAGGACAGAGCCGACGACGCUGCCAAUGAGGACAUAGGCAAUGAGGACAGUGCCGAGGACGCUGCCAAUGAGGACAAUGCCGACGAUGCUGCUAAUGAGGACACAGGCAAUGAGGAAAGAGCCGACGACGCUUCCAAUGAGGACAAUGCCAAGGACGCUGCCAAUGAGGACAUAGGCAAUGAGGACAGAGCCGACGACGCUUCCAAUGAGGACAAUGCCAAGGACGCUGCCAAUGAGGACAUAGGCAAUGAGUUUAGUUUAUAG